AGCAAAAUCAGCCCGAAUACAUCUUUUAGCAUAUCCCGACUGAUGAUGGACUCCGAGAGACUAAAAUCAUUAGAAGAUGCCGAGGAAGAACUGCGCCGGCGGCGUGAGCGCGGCAAAUUGGCACAGCGCGCAUUCAGGAAACGCCAGAGUAACAAAGUCUCAAAAGACAAGCGCAAUGAAGCAGAGGCAACCCGAAGACUGAAAGCGGCAAUAGAUGGGAUUAUUAAGGUGGCACACAGUGAUGAUCGUCCGGAGCUUCUUCGAGCAAUCCAAGAGGCGGCUGAAGUAGCGGGAUCGGACGUGUGGAGGUCAAGCGAAGUUCUCAACAGCAGAGACGAAGAUGGGACGGCUACCACGGGACCGUCAUACCCACCAAAUACCGAGAACUAUGUACCAAAGAGUGGGAUUCAUCCAGCUAGGACGACGAGUGCUGCCCUAGGAAGUAUGCACCACGAGAGCUGGGCAGAUUUGAGGCUGAACAAUCUGAAGUCGAGCUUGUUCGGAACUGAAUUGGAUUUAGAACCGGUGAGCCCGCGAUUGGACUACGGACUUUGGUUCGAUGCCGGUCGAUUUCUACGAAUAGAUGACCCACCUCUAGAUAUCGUUCCAUAUCUCGGUAAAGGGAUGAAAACGUUUGCGGGUCGAUUAUUCUGGAACUGCGGAGAGUAUCUAUUGGAUUUGUGCCGCAGAGUCGAGGCCUAUAAUAAAACAAAUCCAUUAAUCGCAAGGGAAGCGCACCAGAGGAUUUGGAAUAUGGUCCAGCAUUCACCGCCUUUACAUAAUAUACACUAUAUUAUAGCCUUAGCGGAAGCGCGCCGUGAAUUUCGCGACCGUGGCUACAUCGAGGGGAAUAAUCCUGCAGGUGAAGUCGACUCGGCCGAGAUUCUGAAUGAACAUGUACUAGCGGACUAUGAGAAAAGGGGAGAUGAUGCGACUAUCUGGUUAUCCCCAGGAGGCGUCGAAACUAAGCUUCGAGGGCUUAUGAGUGAUGAGUUAUACAGGCGCCUCGAACAUGUGUUAGAAAACUGCGACUUAAGCCUGGCAGGAGACCCUUUAACUGAGAUGAUACAGUCGAUUAUCCAUACUAUGUCGAGAAGCUAUAUCUGCUUCGGGGAUGGACCUCGCUGGCGCGCCGAUCGCGUGGCUGCAAUAUUCAACGGAAAUGCUCGGAGCGAAUUAGCGUAAAGAGAUAUGCUAUUGCGCGAGAUUUAGACUUUUAGUUAACCAACAGAUUGAAUGACUUCUCUGACGAUAAAGACUUGCGCCGAGUGACUCAUAAGUCUGCGUUAGAUGAUUCCCCAACAUAAAAUAGGAUCGAGCCUUGAACGCAAC